CACUAGCAGCCAGCAAUUAUUUCUUCCCCUUCCCGAACCCAUCUUCCCAUUCCGCAUCCAAGAGCUCCGCCUCCGAGCCAAGCCGCAUCCAGAGCUCCAAACCCUAGGGCCCAGGCGAGGCGCGGCGCGGCGAGGGAGAGAGAGGAGAGGCCAUGGACCCCGACGCGGUGGCGAAGGCGUUCGUGCAGCACUACUACCAGACGUUCGACGCCAACCGCGGCGCGCUGGUGGGGCUGUACCAGGACGGCUCCAUGCUCACCUUCGAGGGCGACAAGUUCCUCGGCUCCGCCGCCAUCGCCGGCAAGCUCGGCUCCCUCCCCUUCCAGCAGUGCCACCACAAGAUCGACACCGUCGACUGCCAGCCCUCGGGGCCCCAGGGCGGCGUCCUCGUCUUCGUCUCCGGCGCCAUCACCACCGGCCCCGGCGAGCACCCCCUCAAGUUCUCCCAGAUGUUCCAUUUGCUGCCAGCUGGUGGGAGCUUCUAUGUGCAGAAUGACAUGUUCCGUCUGAACUAUGGUUAAGGAAAACCGAAAACUUUGUCAGCAAGGAACUGGGUCAGGGAUUUGUGUUAGAACGAUGAAAUACUGAACGAUGCUGCAGACUCUUUUGUUUGAUUGCCAACCGGUGCAAUUUAUCACAAGGAAUUGCUAGACUUCAUAUGCAUUUGCCAGAAUUUUCUCUUCUCUUGUGUGUCCUGUGCACUGUCGUUGCUUGGGUUAACGCUGUUGUCUGGAAUGUUGACGAAACCUGUCCAAGUUUUAUUAUUCAUGUGUGACAUCUCUGGGUUUGUAUUUUUGGUUGGUUGGUUUGUGUUACUUAUCCAUUAUCCAUGUCAUGGAUUUCACCUCUAUUUUUGCUACAUAGGCAGAUGGAUCAGACCUGGAGUUCUGUAGGAUUCAGGAUGCAUGCUGUAAUCUAUUAUGCAUAUCGUAGCAAACUGUGACAAGGCAUACUAUAUAUGGCUGUUUGCAUGA